AUGUCGUGGUUAAAAAAGCACAAUCCCCAAAUAUCAUGGGAAAAACAUACACUCGUUUUCAACUUGUUAUAUUGUUCCAAUAAUUGUCUGUCUGUACCCGCUGUCUUAGAACUCAAGGCAGUAGAAGAAAUACCACUACCUUAUCAGGAAUUUUCCAAGGUCUUCUCUGAAGAAGAAUCAUCCAAAUUACCACCCCACCGUCCUUACAAUAUUGCCAUUGAGUUACUCCCGGAUGCGCGACCACAACAUGGUCCCAUAUACAGUUUAGGUCCAAGGGAGGAUGCGGAACUUAAAGAAACCAUUGAGAAACAACUCAAAGCAGGUUUAAUCCGCCCGUCUAAAUCCCCCAUGGCCUCUCCCAUAUUAUUUAAAAACGUCUAUCCCCUGCCCUUGCCACAGAACCUCAUUGAGAAAUUACAAGGUGCUAAAAUCUUUAGCAAAUUUGAUCUCAAGGCAGGAUAUAAUUUAGUCCGGAUCAAGGAAGGCAAUGAAUGGAAAACAGCCUUCAAGACAAAAUACGGACUAUUUGAAUACUUGGUUAUGCCUUUUGGAUUGACAAAUGCGCCGGCGGCUUUUCAGGACAUGAUGAACAAAAUAUUCCGGGAUCUUUUAGAUGUUUAUGUCAUCAUUUACUUAGACGACAUUCUAGUUUUCUCUCUAAAUGAAAAAGAUCAUGAAGCCCAUGUACGAGAAGUGCUCAAAAGACUACAAGACAAUGACCUCUUCUGUAAUAUUGAGAAAUGCCAUUUCCACGUCAAGAAAAUCGAUUACUUAGGGUUUAUUAUAUCCGAAUUUGGCAUAGAAGUGGAUCAGUCUAAAGUUACAGACGCUAUGAAUUGGUCAACACCUAAGAAUGUCAAGAAUAUUCAAGAAUUCUUAGGAUUUGUAAAUUUUUACAGACAAUUUAUUCCCAACUUUGGUAAUAUGGCACGACCUCUGUACAACCUGCUCAAAAAAGACAGUACUUGGAAAUGGGAACAGGCGGAACAACAAUCCUUUGAUGGCCUAAAAAAAUGUCUUACUUCAGCACCGUUGCUUUUACAGCCCAACACUACAAAACAAUUCUAUGUGGAAUGCAAUGCAUCUGAUUACGCAACAGGAGCCAUAUUAUCUCAGCGCAACCCUGAAGGGAAACUGGCCCCUGUAGCAUAUCUAUCAAAAUCCCUGUCACCCGCCAAAAAGAACUACGAUAUUUUCAACAAAGAAUUGCUAGCAGUCAUUAGGGCAUUUAAAGAAUGGCGCCAUUUGUUGGAAGGAUCAGAAUUACCAGUUCAAGUUCUAACGGAUCACAAGAACUUGGAAUACUUUUCCACGUCUCAAUCCCUGAAUAAACAGCAAAUCAGAUGGGCCAACUUCUUAGUCAACUAUAAUUUCCAAAUCAUCUACAGACCUGGGGCACAGAAUAAAAAGGCGGACAUCCUCUCACGACGCUAUGAUUUAGUACCCCUUGAAGGGGGGGUAGAGAACCAGGUUCUCCUGAAGCCGGAACUUUUUAUUUCAUCCAUCACUCCGGAUCAGGAAAUUAAUGAUCUAAUUGGCAAAGCAAUUUAUGAGGACAAACGUCUUAAAGAGAUCUUGCUCAAGCUUCAGAACAAGGAAAAAGUCACAGAUUGGGAACUAAAGGAGGGGUUACUAUGGCAUCAAAGGAAAAUCUUUGUGCCAAAGGAUGACACCAUCAGGAACCUCAUUGUGGAAUCUAGGCAUGACGCAUUGGCUGCAGGACAUCCAGGACAAGCCAGGACAUUAGAACUUGUCUCACAAAAUUACUAUUGGCCAUCCCUAAAAAAAUUUGUCAACUCUUACGUCAGCCAUUGUGAAACCUGCAUUCGAUCCAAACCCACAAAUCAAGUACCUGUAGGCUUGUUAAAACCAUUACAAAUUCCGGAACGUCCUUGGGAAGAUAUAGCUUAUGAUAUGAUUGUGGGACUACCAACGUCGGAAGGAUUUGAUGCGAUAUUCACAGUCAUCAACAGAUUCUCUAAAAUGGUUCAUUUUAUUCCUACCCAUUCCACAGCAUCUGCUAUUGAUAUAGCCAACCUCUUUAUGUUGUACAUCUGGAAAUUGCACGGACUACCCAGGAGUACAGUAUCUGAUAGGGGCCCCAACUUCAAUGCCAAGUUUAUCAGACACUUGUAUAAAAGAUUGGAUAUCAAACCUACUUUUUCCACAGCUUAUCAUCCCCAAACUGAUGGUCAAACGGAGCGGAUCCAACGGGAAGUCAAAGUUUUUAUUCGCAUGUUUGGAAAUCAUCGCCAAUCCAAUUGGGUCUCACUAUUACCCAUAGCAGAAUUUGCCCUCAACAAUCUGAAACAAACAUCAACAGGCAAAUCACCUUUUCAAAUAUGCUAUGGGAUGAACCCACGAUUUACUAUUGGACAAAAAUUAGAUGAAACAGUUCCCAAUGCAGAUGAGCAUGCAGAAUUUCUGGAAAAAGGCUACGACAAAGUCAAAGCAGCAUUAUCUUUAGCACAAGAAAAAAUGAAAUAUUUCUACGACCAACGGCACAGGGAAGAAGAAGAAAUCCAAGUAGGGGAUAAAGUUUGGUUAAGCCAUCAGAACAUAUCUACUGAUAGGCCGUCCAUCAAACUUAGCCAUAAAAAGUUAGGCCCCUACCUAGUGAUUGAGAAAAUUGGAUCGCACGCAUACAAGCUACAACUACCUCACACAAUGCGCAUACACCCAGUUUUCCAUAUCAAUCUCCUAACCAAAUUUCACCCCGAUCCCCAUGGCCGCAAUCCUCCUCAACCUGCACCCAUUAUCACAGAAGAAGGUGAAGAGGAAUACAAAGUAGAAAGAAUCAUAGACAGCAAAUGGAAAGGACGGGGGAAAUCAAGAAAACUCUGGUACCUAGUCAAGUGGAAAGGUUAUGACAAAGGAAGUAACUCAUGGGAACCAACAGACAAUGUGGGGAAUGCUCAAGAAGCCUUAGAGGAAUUUUAUAAGGAACAUCCUGAGGCAGUUGGAGCUUGA